GAAAAGGAGGAGAAGGAAGAGGAAGAAGAGGAGAAGGAAGAGGAAGAAGAAAAGGAGAAGGAAGAGGAAGAGGAAGAAGAAAAGGAGGAAGAGGAAGAAGAGGAGGAGAAGGAAGAGGAAAAGGAAGAAGAAAAGGAGGAAGAGGAAGAAGAGAAGGAAGAGGAAGAGAAAGAAGAGAAGGAAGAGGAAGAAGAAAAGAAGAAAGAGGAAGAAGAGGAGGAGAAGGAAGAGGAAGAGGAAGAAGAAAAGGAGGAAGAGGAAGAAGAGGAGAAGGAAGAGGAAGAGAAAGAAGAGGAGGAGGAAGAGGAAGAGGAAGAAGAGGAGAAGAAAGAGGAAGAGGAAGAAGAGGAGGAGAAGGAAGAGGAAGAAGAGGAGAAGGAAGAGGAAGAAGAGGAGGAGGAAGAGGAAGAAGAAAAGAAAGAGGAAGAGGAAGAAGAGGAGGAGAAGGAAGAGGAAGAGGAAAAGGAGGAAGAGGAGAAGGAAGAGGAAGAAGAGGAGGAAGAGGAAGAGGAAGAAGAGAAGGAAGAGGAAGAGGAAGAAGAAGAGGAGGAAGAGGAAAAGGAGGAA